UGUAAAGGCAAGAGACGAGAGAGUCACAAUACAAAAGUGCUAUUCUAUUCAUCUUUGCUUUGUCUUUAGUCUUUACUUUCCUCUACUUCUCUCCUCUCUCGUUUGCUUCCGACAAGGAAGUGGAAACCUCAAAGCUGUGGUUCAAAAAAUCGAGUCACCACUAUACUAUUUCCCUUCCCUUUCUUUCGCUUUGAGAAACUUUGUUGAGCCUUGAGAGUACAUUAUUUUUUGCCAAAGUUUGACAAAUAUUAAUCCUAAUUUGGCAAGUGUUUCCAAACGGCCCUCGCGGAGCAAAUAAGUCCCAGACUAUAAGAAUGGAGAGAACUCCAUCGGCUUGUGCGAUGCAGUGGAGCAUUGACCUUGAAAAGGGCCUCCGUUCUAAUAAACCUGGUAAAUCUGCAGAAGCCAUACUAGAUAUUGGGCCAAAACUUGAGUGGUGGAGUAGAGAGUCAAAUCUUAGUGCUGCUGAGUACAAAGUAUUCGGCUUACUUCGUGGGGAGGAUAAGCUAUUUGCAAAUACUAUCCUCCUUAGGCUUGCAGAUGCAUUUAAGUCGGGGGACAAACAUAUGAAGCUUUGCAUUGUUAAGAUUUUCUUGUCCGAGCUCAAGCAGAGGAGGCGAUUGAGGAGCAAGGGGAGAAAAGAUAAAGGGAUCCUUUCGAAGGAUAAAUUGGAUAGCUAUAGAGAACUUCUAAGUAGAAUAAAGAUAGUAUUCGACACUGGAGACGUUGAAGAGAGAGCAUUGGCUUUAGCUCUAUUUGGUUGCUGGGCUCAUAUUGCAAAAGAUAGUGCUGAUGUAAGAUACCUCAUCCUUUCAAGCUUGGUGUCUAUGCAUGUUCUGGAGGCAAAGGCUUCUUUGUUUGCAGCUGGAUGCUUUUCUGAAUUGGCGAACGACUUUGCUUAUGUAUUUCUGGAAAUGCUUGGAGGUCUGCUGAUGUCAUCUGAAACAUCAAGGGUUAUAAGGUUAGCAGGAGGACGUGCUUUUGCUAAAAUGUGGUGCUCACUUGUACUAGCGGAUAGAGCUCAUAAGACUGGUAUGAAGCUUAUCCUAGAAUCUUCGGAAGAAGACUUCUCGUUGGUGAUGCUAGUUUCACUUUCCAAAAUUGCUUCUAAAUGGACAUCUUUAAUUCCUAUACAGAUGGAACUACUUUUCUCAUUUAUGGCAAAGGACAGAGGUUUGAGCCUGCAAGCUUUGGCAUUAAAAUGCCUCCAUUUCAUUUUAGCCAAAGGAAUUUAUCACUUCCAUGCCAGUUCAAAUGUGACUCUAAAGUUGUUUGGUGUCAUAAAUCAGUCUGAUUUUCCACCAGCUUUACAGUUUGAAGCUCUAAGAGCUUUAUACAAGAUGCCGCUGCCCAACCUGGAGACAAUUCCAUGCACAGAGAUCCUCGCUAGUUUCUCCAAGUUCUUACAAAUUGUUGAGUUCAAACUACAUUCUUCAAUUAUCUCAGAGAGGCUUUUCUCUGUUCAUGUAUUAGCUAGUAUUUUUUACAAGCUUUUGGGAAUAUCGAAAGAUGCAGCUGGUGGAAUUGGUUCAAUUGUUGCAUCUCACAUGAUUACUUUCACCAUCGAUCGUAUCUCCCAACUAAUAAAGUUAGUGGUUGAUGAUCCUCAUCCAAACAAAGAGGCGGAGCAGGAGGUAAAGAGUUUACUCUUUAUUUUAGUUAAUCUGGUUGAAAGGCAUCGAGAUCUCUCUGGUAUUGUAUUGGAUAAGAUCUGUAUAGUUAUCGAACAUCUGGUCCGCAUGCUCAAUGAAGUUACCAGCAUGGAGAAUUCAGGCUCAGAAGAUCAUCAUAUAACAGAGCUCGACAAAGAGAACCAUACAUCAACUGCAUCGAGAGUUUUGAUUUGUUUAUCCCAGAUUCUGAUAACUUGCUUUGAAAUGCUGGAAGUUUCCACUGCUGGUGCCGCCCAAGUCUUUAACAGAAUGGAGCAUUUGGUUGAGCAUGUGCACCGGUGCAGCUUACUUCCUGUUUAUAUCCACGUAGUAUAUCACCUUUUAUUGCACUUCCAUGCUGGAUAUCACUGUAUGUGGCUGAAGAUAGGGGAAGAUUACGGUUUCUAAUAGAAAUUUUCGUUUAUCUCGUUGUAGUUCUCUCUCAGCUUAUGGUUCCCUAUCCCAGAAUGAAAGUCUCAUUAUUGACUGUGUGAAGGAAAUUUUGGAUAAAAAAGACUACUGGUCGUCUUAUAAGCUUGGAAAAUAUGCGGCAUGUCAUGG